UAAGAAACUAUGAGCCCGUUGGGCUAUAUAAUAAUAAAUAAAUAAAAAUAAAAUUAGGCAUUCGAUCGCAACUAGAAAUCGCACGAAAUAAACCACCGGAAAAAGGAUAUUUGGUACUGCGAAGCUGAAUCGGAAGCUCAGAUUCAAACCCUAGAGUCGAUAUUAACUUAAAAUGGCCGGCAGAGCUAACAUUCCCAAUAAGAGUUCAGCGCUCAUUGCCAUGAUUGCUGAUGAGGACACUGUAACCGGAUUUUUGCUAGCUGGAGUGGGUAACGUUGACUUGCGAAGAAAGACAAAUUAUCUUAUUGUUGAUUCAAAAACAACAGUGAAACAAAUUGAAGAUGCAUUCAAAGAGUUUACAACAAAGGACGACAUUGCAAUUGUCUUGAUCAGUCAAUAUGUUGCAAACAUGAUAAGGUUUCUCGUCGAUAGCUACAAUAAGCCGGUUCCAGCUAUUUUGGAAAUCCCGUCCAAGGACCAUCCUUAUGACCCUGCACACGACUCAGUUCUUUCACGAGUGAAGUACCUCUUCAACACUGAAUCUGUUGCAUCAGGAAGGCGGUGAUCAUCUAGUCUUUCGAUAUGUUUUACCCGAGAGGUUGCGAAAAAUAAGUAUUGCUUUCGAUACUAUGUGUGUUUUUGCCAUUCUGUUCACACCAAGUUCUGUACUCCUCAGGUUGGUUGGUAUGUCUUUGUAUUUAGGUUCCUUUGUUCCUAAAACCUUAUCUAUUAAAUACCAAUUCAAAUUGUGUGUCAUUUUAUUCUCCUUGUAAUGAUCACCAUGUCAAGGGACAAGUCUAUUAUUUAUACAUGUUGCAUUUUUUUGGGAA